UUUUGAUCUCAUUAAUUCGCGUUUAUUUCGCGUAUCGUCGCUGUCCAAACGUCCAGCGCUGCGCGACCGUGCUUUACGACAUCAUACGCGUAUCUCCCGACUCCGACCUCGUUCCUAAAUCGACGAAUUUGGUUGUCGCUAGGGAAUGAUUUCAUUCAUCGUCGCAUUUAUUUGAAUCGACUUGACGGGAGAACGGAGAGACUUGGAGAUACGUUAUCGGUUGGAAACGACGUGUCGGCAUGUCGUGUGUGUGCGUGUCGAGCGCGUUGCUGCUGCUGUGUUUACUAGCAACGCAAACGGAAGCGAGCUGUUCGGCGCACAAUUGCACGGCCGGAGAGUUCUACGAGGACGGCGGCUGUCUCGGUUGUCGAUCGGGCUAUUUUUGUGCUGGUGGAUCAGAAGCCCCUGAGCUGUGCGCCAACGGAACGUUCAAUCCGCUCACGAGACAAUCGAACUCAUCAGCCUGUCAACUUUGCUCUCCUGGCACAUACACUCACGUUCCCGGAAGUUCUACGUGCACUGCUUGUCCAUCCGGUUUCAAGUGUCCGGACUAUGGAACAUCCGAACCGAUUGCUUGCGAAGAGGGAACGUACGCUGUAAAUGAGACAAGUGCGAUCAUGGGGUCGACGGAGUGUUAUGAGUGUCCGAAAGGAAGUCGGUGUGCUGUGACUUGGGCGUUGCCUGAAGCGUGUGAAUACGGUUAUUAUACCAACACAACCAACUCUCUCACUUGCACUCUCUGCCCACCCGGCCACUCUUGCCCAUACCCCGACUCAACACCGCAAUCAUGCCCCGCCGGCUACUACUCAACAUCCGGACAAACAAACUGCACAAAAUGCCCGGCAGGUCGACGAUGCCCAUCCACAACAACAACACACCCAAUCGACUGUCAACCCGGCCGUUACUCAUACGAAGGCUCAAUCGAAUGUGCAGACUGCCCGACUGGCUUCCACUGCCCCACAGCACAUCAAGACCCAAUACAAUGUCCUGAAGGUCGAUACACAAACGUCACUGGACAGAGAGUGUGCGCCGAAUGCGAAGCUGGGCAUAACUGCUUGAACCGGAACGAGUCGGUUUUGUGUCCUCAUGGCACGUACAGCCUGUUGGGUCAAGCUAACUGUGAUGCAUGCAGUCCGGGAUUUUUCAGUCGCGAAGGGUCGAUCUCGUGUAUGCCGUGUCCGGCGGGUCACGAAUGUUAUGAUCCGAGUCGUGAACCGAUGGCGUGUCAGGAGGGAUAUUUUGCGAGCGGAGCGGCUGAUAAUUGUAGUUUGUGUCCGGUUGGGAGUUUGAGUGGUUCACAGAAGGGGUUGUGUGUGAAUUGUCCUGCUGGUCAGACGUGUGCUGAUCCAAGGUGA